AUGUCGAAAGAUAUUGAAGAAAAGAGACUGAAGAAGGACAAGAAGGAGAAGAAGGAAAAGAAGCGCGCAGAGACGGAAGGCGUUUCCAAGAACAAGAAGGACAAAAAGGACAAGAAGUCCAAAGGCGAUGUCGAAAUGGUCGAUGCGCUCGAGGCCGAGCUUGAGAAGGAGCCCGAAGUCUCCAUGGUCAACGUUGUAAACGGCGACGACGAGCCUCGCGGCGCGCUCGUUCCCUUUGCAUUCCCCCUCGCCGACCAAGACAAGGAAGUCAAGAAGAUCCUCAAGACUGUCAAGAAAUCCGCCAAAUCCAAAACCCUCCGCCGCGGCGUCAAAGAAGUGGUAAAAGCGCUCCGCAAAUCCGCGGCCGCAGGCGCUGGUUCCUCGCUGUCAGACCACCCCUCUGCCAUUGUCGUCAUCGCAGCCGACAUCUCGCCCAUGGAUGUGAUUGCGCACAUUCCCGUUCUCUGCGAAGACCACAACGUGCCGUACAUUUACAUCAAGAGCCGCGCGCAGCUGGGCGAGGCCAGCGCGACCAAGAGGCCUACCAGCGUCGUCAUGAUUGGCAAGGAGCGCAUGGGGAAGAAGGCGGGUGAGGGCGAUGACGAGUUUGCUGAGGCGUAUGGCGAGUUGGUCAAGGUUGUUAGCAAGGCGGCGAAGACGGUGAGGAAGUAG